GGGAGGGGAAGCGGCCAUCAUGGCGUCCAACCCGCGCAAGUUCAGCGAGAAGAUAGCGCUGCACAACCAGAAGCAGGCCGAGGAGACGGCCGCCUUCGAGGAGGUCAUGAAGGACCUGAGCAUCACGCGAGCCCUACACUUCAAGGCCCAACAGCUGCAGCUGGCACAAAGCCGCACUCAGUACUAUGGAGGAUCACUGCCCAAUGUCAACCAGAUCGUGAAUGCCCCGCUGGAUUUUCAGACGUCCUUCUACACAAACCUGGACACGACGCGGGGAACACGGCACCACGGCCUGGUUGAACGCGUGUCCAGCCGGAGCCGCCUCAUAUCCCCGCACCGCCGUCAGCUACCCAUCGACAAGCACGGCCGACAGGUGGACAGCUCGCCAUAUGGCUCCAUCUACCUGUCACCUCCUCCCGACACCAGCUGGCGCAGGACGAACUCGGACUCGGCACUGCACACAAGCGCCGUCACCACGACGCCGCCAGACGGAUUCUCGGUGCUUGGGCAGCAGGCAGCGACCGCACAGCCGGCACGACGGAACGAGGAGGGGCUUUUGAUUGUGGACAAGGCGGCCGUCGACAAGCAGGCCUGGGAGACCAAGAAUGCAUCGCCAUCGACGACAUCAUCGUCAUCUCGACCAAAGUCGUGCGAAGUCCCCGACAUCAACAUCUUCCCGUCGGGCGACCAAGACGCGUCGAGCGUGCCACACGUCCCUGGUGCCCUCAACACGGGCGGCUCGCUCCCCGACCUCACCAACCUUCACUUCCCGUCGCCACUGCCCACGCCGCUCGACCCUGACGAGUCUUCAUCUGCCUUCCCGGCGCUCACCGGCGGCGGAGGUGGUGGCAACGGUGCCGCGAGUGGAAACGGUGGUGGCGGCGGAGGAAACAUGACCCACCUGGGCAUCGCGCCGCCAGCGCAAGCCAUGGGGGCACGCCAGACUUGCCCCCGGAGAAACAGGCCUCCUCCCGUGGGGCCUCUGACCAUGGCCCUCACCUCGAGCUCAGAUGCCCACACGCAGCAACAGCAGCAGCAGCAGCAGCAUCAGCAGCAGCAACAUCAGCAGCAUCAGCACCAGCAGCAGCAACAGCAGCAGCAACAGCAGCAGCAACAGCAGCAUCAGCAGCAGCAGCAUCAGCAACAGCAGCAGUCAUCGCCGACCCUCUCCCCGACACUCUCGCCCAUCUCACGGUUGGUGUGCGAUGUUUACGACUGGCAGGCCGUAACACUGGAUGCUGCCAGCCUGGGCUUCGAUCCAUCCCUUGUACAGUACCCCUUCUACCAAACGCAACAACAACCACAGCAGCAGCAACAGCAGCAACAGCAGCAACAACAGCAGCAACAGCAACAACAGCAACAACAGCAGCAACAGCAGCAACAGCAGCAGCACAACCCUCAGCAGCAUCAGCAGCAGCAGCACCACCACCAUCACCACCAGCAGCAACAGCAGCAGCAGCAACAACAGCAGCAGCAACACCAGCACCAGCAGCACCAGCAGCAAGCGGAGCAGGCACAGGCACUAAUGCAGACUUCCCAACAGGCCGCGAUGCACCAGCACACCAUCGACACCAACGCAGUCAACGUUGCCCUGCAGCAGUACCGCAACAGCACGGGAACCCCGACCAAUCAGUCGCCCACAUCGCCCGUCUCCAACCAGGGCUUCUCCCCCAGCACUUCUCCACAGACCACAAUACUCGGCAGUGUGUUCAGCGACUCUUACCUUGACCAGCAGCUUACGUCACGGCAAACCAGCGCACUAUCUAUCCAGCUGGAGCAGUUCAACAUGAUGGAGAAUCCCCUGGGCGGUCUUUCGCUCAGCUCCGGCAUGAUGUUCGACCCCGGUGCGCCGCUGCAGUACUCGCAGGCCUCCAUGCUGGGCUUCUCAGGCAGCCAGGGCAGCUUGUCGGGCAUGCAGCACCUGGGCAAGCACGGGGCCUUCUCCAAUCAUGCCGGCAACAUCCCCAACAUCAUCCUCACCGGUGAGAUCGACCUCCCAACUUGCCAAGGCGAAUCGCCCCCGAGCCUCUCCAAGGAGAUCAGCAACACGCUGGCCGCUUUCGAGGCGGAUGCCAACUUCCCCCUCGACGACGACCUCAAGAUGGAGCCGCUGGGCCUGGAGGGCCUGCGUAUGUUGAGCGACCCGGACAUGGUCCUGGCCGACCCAGCCACCGAGGACACCUUCCGCAUGGACGGCCUGUAGGACGUCGUGGUGCAUGUGUGUGUGAUGCUUGCGCCAUGUCCGUCGUGUGCGUCAUGCGUGGUGUGUGGUGCUGAAGCAGUGUCACCGCUUCGCCCACACAUCGACGGCCCUGGUGGGAUGCCAACUGAGUUGUUGCAAACAGCUUGUGCGGGGUGUUGCAAGGACCAUGCGAGCAUUAAACUGUGCGUCUUUGUUUUGUAUGUGUGUGUGUGUGUGCUGAACGGGUGUUGAUCGCAUGGCGGUUGUUGCUACGACUUGUGCUUGUGGUGCUCACGAAAGCUUUCCAAAGGAGGGGCCGAUCGUUUUUCCACCAAGCCCAUCCUGCAUGUCACUACCACGCCAAGCAGGCGCCGAACUGUGAGCGGGCACGAUGGUCGCACUUGGCACACAUGUGUGAGAAAUGUUUGGUACAUUGCCAUGGCCUGUUCAAAAUUUUUAUCUUUUAUUUUCUUGAUUUUCUUUGGACGAGGAUUGUGGUCGCGUGAAGUAAACGUGCUACACAUGCCCCAAGUUCUGGUUUUCGCUCCGGUUUUCCUUCUGGCUGUUACCGUGCAUGUCAGCAUGGAACAGGCACCGAUGCACCUUCAAACCCUCUGGGCUUUUGCGCAGCGAAGCUAGUUUGGGAAAAAAUUCGUGUUUUGGGCAGGGCUUGUGCAAGUGAUGUCAUGGCGGGUUGGUUAGGGUUGGGAGGCUGAUGUGCAUUUGGGUGGAUAAUCGAGUUAGCAGUGCACUGUAAGUGCAUAUUCACUGCCGCUGAGGUCUUUUGUCUUUCGUGAGGCAUGAAGAGUCACGAAAAAAUGUGUGUGCUCCAUCCCAAAAAGAAAAAAAUGUUGCGAUGAAGUUCACACGAUAAAAAAGGCCACAUUUGGUGAAGUAUUAAGUGCAAUUUUGCUAUCUGUUCUUCAAAAUGGGUGGCAUUUUAUCAUGCAAUCUCUUAGAUCAGUGCAUAUUAGAUUUUUGUUUUGUUUACGUCUGUAUUCUGUUAGCUGAAUCUCUAGGCAUUGAGGGAAUUAAUUUAUAUAUUGCUUUUUCUUUAAGUAACUCAAAAUCAUGUGCAUGGAAUGACUCGUUGAGUAUAAAACAGUUGCCACCCACUACGGUCUAAGAGCUAUUAAAUUAUCUUGAACCUUAAAACUUAAAUUAAACGUAAGUAUUUGUUUCCGUAUUUAAGAUAUGCUUAUUAUGUAACAAUCGCCGUUGCUGACUGCCGAUAAUGCUUCGAACCCUCGUCACGAAACAUGACGACCGUUUGGCGAAAUCUGUUCACGUCUCGUGUGGCAUGGCACUGUUGUAAACAUCGUACAUACUGAUAGACGUUAGCUGAUGGUGAUGCCUGUGAAUCCCCCUCACUUGAGCACUUGAUUUCUGACGUUACGUAACGGACUGUGCCAUCUCGCGUUUCCAGCGCAGGUACAUCAGGGGCUGGCGCGCAUGACUGCAUGAUACCGUCUUACGUUCGCCAUUUGCGCGCAGUUUUAGCAUUGGGAUUUUUUUUUUUAUUCACCUAGGAUGGCAAGUAUACUCGCACCCCAGAGCUGACGGCUUUCACAUCUGUGCUGUUUGGCCCUCGGCAAUGAUCACGAAGCAGCAGUGAACAUUCGUUCGCUUUUAUUCGUCGUAGGCAGUGUUGUGUCGUAGCGCGGUUGCCAUGGGGCCCUAGUGCGUAAAAUUAAAUGGUGGGGUUGGAGGGUGCGCCGUUGUCACAGAAUCCGAUUUCCCCACCUCUUCGUAGCCUGGCGUCCAGGCUCCCGUGACUCGUGAGCCUCGGUGCGACUCCACCGACUGUAAAUUCACUCGAUGGCUUUGGCCACUGGACAUAGGACUUUGGCCCGGAGGGAUCAUUGCGUGCAUUUCUUUCGUCUGAUGUCACUCUUUUGACAGACACCGUGAGUCGCGUGCGUUUGGCCUUUCGAACGUAAAAAAAAUCCACACGAGCGUUAUCUCGGGUGGUUGUUGUCCGUGCCGGUGGGGUAUUUUGGACUUUUGUUAGUCUCUUGGUUUAAAAAAAAGAAGUGGUGUUUACGGUUGUUAAUGUAAAACGUGAAACGUUUGACCGCUUUACUCUUCGACGGGGAUUACAAGUGCACUGUUAAAUGGGGACCGGCAUCGAUAAUUCACUGCAUUGCAUGCUAUCAGCUGGGUUUCCCCCCCCCCUUCUUUCAUUUUGUUUUCUAUUGUUUUGACAUUUUGUGUGUAAAACCCAUUCUAUAUUAUACAUUUUUUAAAUACUAAGGGUAUAGCAAAGUCUAUAGGUAUAUGUUAAUGUUUCACCAGAUUUUUUUGCGUGUUAUCGUAACAAGCUAUAGGGAACUAGAUGUCCCCAAACAGCUCAAGCGGCACAUUGGUUGCAGUGACACACACACACAUCGAGAAAAUGCCAAACCACAGCCAUUGUAUAGUCUUGUACUCUGCUCUGUGUGGAGCGGAGGUUGUCGACAGCUGUCUGCGAAAAUCAGGUUUACAGUGAUAAAACCUAAUUUCGUUCGUCACAAGUGUUCUAAUUCAAUCACAAUGGACAAUUAUGUAAUAAUUUGUUUAGCAGAGCGCAAACUGAAUGGUUAUCAUAAUGGUAAUGUUAUUUAUUUAGACUGGAAAGCCUUGUGUGAUGUCACUUCUUUUGUCAAGAGGGUUAUAUGUUCGGAUGACUGGUCAGUUCCAUUUUAAUGAGGCGUUUGCAUUUGGGAGGAAACCAAAAGUGCCCAGAGAAAACGCCGCAUCCAACUUGGCCGUUUUAAAGUCUACUCAUGGGCAUUGGGACGCUCCUGUGGUGUAAAUGGUUUAGCCCAUUAGACUUGCUAUCCAGAGGUUGCCAGUUCAAUUUUCUGAUGGUGUGGUGUUUUGAAACAUUAGGAAAUUAAACAUUGGGAAGGAUUAUAAAAUCCCAUCGCCAAUGUCCACCCAACAGUAUUAAUGGGUACACCACGGUUAUACAAUGGCAAGUCAUCUGUGGCAGGGUGAAAUGUGGGUACACCCAACUCUUCCAAGACAUCUGGCCAGCAUGGAAAAGGGCCAGAAAUACCCUCGAGAGCUCUCUAGUGUCGCCUCAUCCACCAGCAGUGGCAUGAAUAAGAAAUUGCAAGGCUGCACCUCGACCUUUCGAUAGGCAUUAUAGGUUCACACAGGAGCCUUUAGCCUUCAGCUCCUGUGUGAACCGUGCCAACAGGUGUCCAUCCAGCAAGGUCACAGAAAAGGGAUGUCCAAUUUGUAUCAGCCAUCCACUAUUGGAUGGAGCCCUCUCCAAGCAGUCACCAUCUCUCAAGAUUCUGCAAUGAAAUAGUCCGGCUAACACUUGUGGACGAGCUGAAUUCUCAUUGUUCCAGCUCUGUGGUAGACGCCCAUUUGGCAUUGUUCCCUCCUUGGGCCGCCACCCCAUCAUUACUCCCAAACACUGCCAUCAUCUCUUAUCUGUGACGUUUCCUGCCCCGAGCCCAACAACUGGUUACGCUCGUCACCUUGAGCCAACAGUGGUGCAUAUUGCAUUUCGAACUUUGGGGAACUUCGAACUUAGGUUGUUUACAUUGCUCAUGACCCACCAUGGUAUAUCUUAAUGUCGAUUAACAACUUUUCAUCGCACCCAGAAACAUGACGAACAUUAGUGGUGAUCUGAACGGGUUCUGGACCUCCCUAGGUCGACUCAACCUUGAUUGAGUACCUGGUGUGAUGUGCAAAUGUAAUGGGUUCCGGAGACACUUGUAGAGGUAACUUCUUUAUUACAAUACAACACUCCAACAGUCCUGAUACUCUGUUACAGCCUAGGAACACAGCCUAGGGACACAGCCUCCUCCUAGCGUGCCUGACUGGCUACGCUCUGGGGUCCUUCGGCUACAAUUACCCUAGGGGAGGCUACCUGACCCGACCCAGCCAAGGUGCGGGUCUAGACUCUGGCUUCCUCGGAACUCACCCUUACAAGGGCGCCGAGCCGAGAGUCCUAGAGUCCCACCACUGGCCUGCACAGCGUCCCAGCCCUUACAAGGACAAGCGGGACGAGGGGGUCCAGGGUCCUAAGCUGGCUGGUCUUGGGUCUUCAGCUGUGACUGGCCCCGAUCGGCUAGGGAGCGGCCCUUUUAUGCCUCUUGCCCAUCGCGGGGUGGGGUUGUGUGGGAUCCCAGAUACCCCACAGCCCCCCGUUGGUGGCGCCAAGGGGCUCAGCUGUCUGGGUUGUCUGGGAUCCUAGAGCCCGGCGCCUAGGGCUUAGCUGCCUAGGAUCCUAGAGCCCCCAGCAACCCCCCCCCCCCCUCUUGGGCUGGCACAGUGGCCCCUCCCCUGGGGGUCCGAGGUACCUGCAGAUGGGCCCUGUCCACCACUGCCGGUAAGUGUGGCCCAUCUAUGGCACUACACAACUAUUAGCACUGGGCAAAAACAAAGGCAGUUGGGCGGGUUGUUGGCCACACGACUUUCUUUAGACACCAGGCCGGUCUUAUUAGGUGCUCGCUAACUUCAUGUGACAUUAAAUCUACAAAGGAUGUAUUCACACCCUGAACAUCCUUGUAAAUAAGAUGUUCCAUAUACUAAUAAUAGGGGUUUUCCCCUUUUUUCUGGCAACAAAACUGAAACCUUUUUACAAGGAUUCAUGUCUGCAUUAACCACAAUACUUGCAGUCAAAAUGCAAAAAAAAAACCUACUAUGAUAAUAUAUGCAUUGUCCUUUAAACUGAUUGGUCCUUGAAACUGAUUGGUGCAAGUAUUGUGGUUAAUGCAGACA